AUGCAAGACGCAAAUUCAUCAGAAAACACCCACGGAUCAUAUGAAAAGGCCGAUCCCUAUAAAUACGGAUGCAUCAUAUACAUGCAUUUAGCAAAUUACGGGGCGACCCAGAUUUCAUUGGUGGUUGGCAUGAGUCUGUCAACUGUCAAGUACAUCAUUAAGAGAGUGGACGAGACAGGAUCGCCCGAGCCAAGAAAAGGGUCCGGACGACCUAGAAAGAUUGACGAGAGGACAGAAAGACACCUUGUUCAAAUAGUUCAAUGGAACGCUAUCAGUAAAAUCAGUUGGGCAAAAAGAAUUUUGAGACGUGUGUACUCCCACAACUCAAAAGAAGUAACAAGAGAGAAAAGUCUUUUGAUACAUGUAAUGGAAAUAAAUAUAAAUAACAAUGAUUGUUACUGGGAACAAGAAAUUACUGGAUUUCACGAAAAAACAAAAUUCCCAAAGAACCCUUAA